UCCCUUCUUCACAUUGUUUUCAACCUUCUUCCCUCCUUUUCGCCUCUGCUAUCUUCCUUCAUCCCCAACAAGUCUUCACCUUUAUAUUUUUUUAAUUCUCAUCAUUACCCCAUUACUCGAUCCAUCCCUUUUCUUCCACAAAGUCACCACUCUUCGUCUCUGCUUCAUACUUUAUACCACCUUCCUUUAUGUUUCGGUAUCAGUGAAGCUUCACACUGAACAAGAACAAGAAGCUCUGAAGAAUCAGAGGAAAGAAAAGACUUUGAAGAUGAGAGGGAGUGUGAGGUUUCUUCUUGUGUUUCUCUUAGUGGGUCAAUUCCUCUCUUCUGGUACUUCAAGUAGGCCAGGGAAGAAGAAGCGAGAAGAACUUGAUCAUGUGAGCUAUUAUUUACCAGAGGAUCAUCAUCAUGAAGGUAACAGACAACUUUAUACUACCGAAAGAGACAUUACAACUCCAAUCACUACAGUUCCAAACUUAGUUCCCACAACACCAACAUCUCCAACUCCAAUCUUGAACCCUAAUUCUAAUCCAGAUGUCACAGUCUCCCCAGCCAACACAGUCCCAAUCACUGCUCCGAAUUCUCCACCAGCUUCCUUUUCUUCUCCUCCUCCUUCUUUGGGUUCUAGUUGGUGUGUUGCUACACCAUCUGCUUCACCCACUGCUUUACAGGUUGCUCUGGACUAUGCUUGUGGAUUUGGUGGAGCUGAUUGUUCUGCAAUUCAGCCAGGAGGAAAAUGUUAUAACCCUAAUUCUGUUAAAGAUCAUGCUUCUUAUGCAUUCAAUAACUAUUAUCAGAAGAAUCCUGUGCCUAAUAGUUGCAAUUUCGGUGGAACUGCCGUUGUCACCAGCACUAACCCAAGUACAGGGACAUGUCAAUUUCCAUCCACAAGCACAAGCUCAUCAAUCUUAAACACAACAAACUCAGUGGGUGCUAAUGUGUUUGGCUCAGUUCCAGUCCCUUCUACUUGUGAAGCUCUCACAUCAAAUAAUGGCUUCUUCCCUAUUCAUCUCAUUCCAUGGCUUCUCACUUCAUUUUUGGCAACCAAAUCCUCUAAAAUGGACCCAUCACUUCAAGAUUUUGCUUCUCUCAAUAACCAAGUUUUGCCUCUUUAUAUGAAACUUACAUUAACAACACAAGUCCUCUUCACCAUCUGCACGGUUUGGGAAAAAGAGAGAAAUUAAAUGUGAAUGUUUUUCUGGCGAAUCAUGUAUUUGUUGGGGAGAAUUUGAGGCCAACAACAACAUCAAGCAGACAUAGAUUCUAGAGAUACCUUUUCAGAAAAAGAGAAACACUUGUAUAAACU